AAUUAAGAAUAUCGAUAUCCCAAAACCCCUUAAACCCCGCCAUCGCCAGCUUCUCCCCUUUCCCCUUACAUCAUCGCCACCAAAUUCUCUCCUCCAAAACACACAAAUCCAACAAUGGGUUUCUUCGACCUCAACAUACCAUAUUACGAAUCCGAUCGAAACAUCACGAACAAAACCGCCCUAAAAGCCACACGCCUCAAGCUCACAAUCAAAGCAAUGGAACUCGGUUACACAGGAAUCGCCUACAACCGUACGAUCAAAGGCGUAAUGUCCGAAUCAGACCGUUGUUCUAUCCCCUUAUUCCCUGUUUCUUCUAUUAUCAAACUUGCUCCUUCACUUGCCUCCUCCGUUGAGUUCCGUAGAAAACUCUUAAAGGUCCCUGUUUCCUCCCCGUUCCGUCAGUACACGCGCUUAACUGUUAUGGUUGAUGGCUCGGCUCAGGCUUCAGCUCUUAAUUCGGGGAAUCCUAUUUUGAAAACCUAUGAUGUUGUUGCGGUUAGACCCCUCAAUCAGCUUGCUUUUGAACAGGCUUGCCAGGUUUCCGAGGUGGACAUAAUUGCUAUUGAUUUCUCGGAGAAGUUGCCAUUUAGGUUGAAGCAAUCUAUGGUUAAAGCUGCAAUUCAGCGUGGAGUGUAUUUUGAGAUUACUUACUCCAGUCUUAUUUUGGAUUCCCAAAUGAGGAGGCAAAUGAUAUCUAAUGCUAAGCUGCUGGUAGAUUGGACUCGAGGAAAGAAUCUUCUUUUCUCAAGUGCUGCUCCUUCUGUAACGGAACUUAGAGGGCCGUAUGAUGUAGCAAAUUUAGCAUCUUUGCUUGGGCUCCAACUGGAACAUGCUAAAGCAGCGCUUUCCAAAAAUUGUAGAACUGUUUUAACUAAUGCAUUAAGAAAAAAGUGUUAUCACAAGGAAGCAAUUAAGGUUGAACUAAUAACUUCGGGUGCCAAGAAACCUGAAUUUGAUGAUUGGCUCAUUUGGAAUCCUAUCUCCAGUGGUGAGGGCGAUUUGCUGUUAGACGACAUCAAGAAAUCUUUCUCAGUCUCGAGCAAUGUAUCAAAAAAUGUGAAACGCAUUGAUUUUAGUUCUGUUGUGAAUAACCUGCCUUCACAUGGACUCCAGAUUAAAGAUUUAAUAUCUACGACAGAGCUGGGGCAGGAGCCUCUGGAUACUAUUGCUGAAUUGGCUGGUGUUAAGGAGGAUGAGAUGGCUCUUCCGACUUCUGGGAUAUCAGAACGAACAGGUGGUGUCAAUUUUCCACCUGAAGAAUGUUCACCUGUAGGAGAUGAUCUGCAGAAAAUCCAUCAGGCCUCUGGCUCUGAAGAAGUUAAGGUGCCAUGUUUGUUCAUUGCUCCUCUAAAUGAUGCUCAUAAUUUGGAAAAAGAAAAGGAAAGUGAUAGGAUUGAUGAGGAUAUGAAAUGUACAGAGAAGUUAGACAUAGAAGAUACAUCUGGGACCAAAAUUCAUGAUUUGCAAACAGGAACUUCUACAGCUAGUGGUGAAGGAUACAUUCUUUUGUCAGAUAGUGCGACAAUUCGUGCCUGUAGAAAAGAUAUUGAAGUCAAGGAAAAUAGUAUGAUUGAAAAUGACGAAAUGAAAAUUACAAAUAACUUAAACAUGCAAGAUACCUCUUCUGAGAACAAAGUGCAUGAUUUGCAACUUGGAACUUGUUCUGCUUGUGGUGAAUUGUAUGCUGUCUUACCAGAGAGUGCAGCAAACUACACUUGCAGAAGAGAUACUGAAGUCACCCUCUCUGUUGAUUCUUCCUUAGCAGAUAGUUUCACCCUCUCAAAGGAUGGAACUUCCACUGGUUCACCCGGUCAACAGCUUGGGACCUUCAACAUCUUCCACACAGAUUUCCGUGAUCAAAAUGGUGCAUUUGGUGGUGUCUCGCUUGAGGCACAACUUAAUAACAAAUCAACAGAGAAAGAGCAAUCUAGGGAGAUGAGAUAUCAUUCUGCUGCCUUAGCUGAUGGAUCGUACAACAAUGAGCUUAAUAAUUCAAUGGAAGUUGAUAAUGAGAAUUUGGUUGUGGACAAUCUGCCAGUCAAAGAUGUUUCAGAGGGAGAGCAGAAGCACACCGGCAAUAAUAUUGGACUAAGUUAUCAGAUCAUGGGUGGAUCUCUGUCAGGGAAUAUGAAACGUAGGACAUCUUAUCGACCUUCUUUGUUUCCUUUCAAACGCUUGCUGAGUCAUAGGGCUUCCAAGUGGAAGGCUCAGAGGUUGAAUCAGUUUACGACUUUGUGAGGUUUGUCUGAUUGUAUAUUUAUGUCAAUUGACAAGUGUAAGAUUAUUGGUGAUGCAGUUACAUGUGAUCAGUUUGAUUAAGUUUAUAUUAGGCAGUUGAAGAAAGCAUUUUCCUCCUGUCUAUGGUGUCUUUUUAUAUUGUUGCUUUUCCCUAUUCCCUCUCAAUUGCCUACCAUUUAGAUGAGGCUGAUCCCUCUAGCAGUAGCUUCCAAUACUUAUGUUUGACAUUUGACCUUGUCAAUCGUCUUUAUUUCUUUGUUA